AUGGAUGAGCAAGGCUACGAGGCUGAGGCAGAGAGGAGGGUGAAUGAGUCCAAGUUGAAGGUUUCUACUAUUGAGGCCAAAUUAUUGGAAGUUGAGGCCAAUUGUGCAGCCCUAACAACCAAAGUUGAAGGCUUGGUUGAGGAACAGGCGAACAUUGAGAACAAAGAGAAUUCGAUUUGCCUCCAAGUGUUCAAUUGUGCCAUCUUCAAAUCGUGA